AUGUUCCAUAGUAGCACGCAGAAGCUGUACUGGACCUUCAGCGAUGAGGAGAAGCUGGUGCGGUGCCGGGCCGAGGCCAACCACAAGUUCCGAAGCAAAGUGGUCGCGAACGAGAAGGUCCAGGAGACCGACUCUGUCCUUCUGGAGCCCCACGAGGAGCUGGCGAUAUGCAAGUACUACGAAAAGCGGUUGCUGGACUUCUGCGCUGCCUUCAAGCCUGCUAUGCCCAGAUCCGUGGUGGGAACAGCUUGCAUGUACUUCAAACGUUUUUACCUCAAUAACUCAGUGAUGGAGUAUCAUCCUCGGAUAAUAAUGCUAACAUGUGCAUUUUUGGCCUGUAAAGUAGAUGAAUUUAAUGUGUCCAGUGCACAGUUUGUUGGUAACCUUCGAGAAAGCCCUCCUGGACAGGAAAAAGCACUUGAACAAAUACUGGAAUAUGAACUACUGCUUAUUCAGCAGCUGAACUUCCAUCUUAUUGUCCACAAUCCGUUCAGGCCAUUUGAAGGAUUUCUAAUCGAUUUGAAGACACGUUAUCCAAUGCUGGAGAAUCCUGAAGGUCUGAGGAAAGCAGCUGAUGACUUCCUCAAUCGAGUGGCUCUGACAGAUGCGUAUCUGCUCUUCACUCCCUCGCAGAUAGCUCUUGCUGCCGUAUUAUCCAGUGGCUCAAGAGUAGGAGUUAAUAUGGAAAGUUAUUUAUCAGAAAGUCUUACGCUGAAAGAAGAGGGAGCUUCCUUAGCCGAGCUACUGGAGUGCAUGAAAUCCAUGAAAAAUCUCAUAAAGAAAUACGAACUGCCAAAGCCUGAAGAGAUUGCUGCUCUAAAACAGAAAUUAGAGAAAUGUCACAGCUUGGAGAUUUCACUUAUUCCAGAGGCGAAGAAGAGAAAAAGUAGUGAAGAUGAUGAAUGUGUCGUAAAGAAAUCUAAAAUGGAAGAGGUCAGUAAACCUACUUCAUAA